UGGUUUGGGUUCUGAUUGUGAGGUCCUUAACUCUCCGACCAUGGAGGGGGUGGGCUUGGCGACGGCGCCGCAGAAACGCUUCUACCGGCAGCGUGCGCACUCCAAUCCACUGGCAGAUCAUACCCUGUGCUAUCCUUCCAAGCCUGAAGAAAUGGACUGGUCUGAGCUGUACCCGGAAUUGGUUGCCCCUUUAAACCAAGACAAUCUCCAUGAUGACCCCAAAGAUACAGAGGAGAAGGCCAAGCCUACAUGUCAAGUAGAAUUUGCUGAUAUUGGCUGUGGUUAUGGGGGAUUGCUGGUUGCGUUAUCCCCCUUGUUCCCCGACACUUUAAUGCUGGGCCUGGAGAUCCGAGUGAAAGUCUCCGAUUAUGUGCAGGACAGAAUCCGGUCACUCAGAACGUCUCAUCCUGGGCAGUUCCAGAACAUUGCCUGCAUUCGCAGCAAUGCUAUGAAACACCUGCCCAACUUUUUCCACAAGGGACAGCUGUGCAAAAUGUUCUUCCUCUUCCCUGACCCUCAUUUCAAGAAGACAAAACACAAGUGGCGGAUUAUCAGCAGCACCUUGCUGGCAGAAUAUGCCUAUGUUCUGCGAGAGCAGGGCCUGGUUUACACCAUCACCGAUGUGGAAGAAAUGCACAAGUGGAUGGUCAAGCAUUUCCAAGAGCAUCCCCUUUUUGAGCAAGUGCCACGAACAGAGCUGGCCAGCGAUCCUGUGUUUGAACUUCUGGGAACCUCCACUGAGGAAGGGAAAAAGGUCCAGAGGAAUGGAGGCAAGACCUUCCCUGCAGUCUUCCGUCGCAUCGCAGCCCAGAAACAGAGAGUGACAGGAACAUGACUGGAGUAUUCCCUGAGCCGUCGUCAGGUUCACAUUGUCCGUGUGUCGGGAGAGGAGGGAGGACACAGCUGGCAGCAGUUGUGGAUCGGGCCGAGUGCCACAGUCACGCUUGAAUUCUCUUCCUGUGAACACAGCAAGACGCACCCAACUGUUGCCAAAAAGCUCGCUCACUCUUACCUUGUCCUAGAAGGACCAGAGUGCCUUGUGUUGGCCUCAGUGAUGGAAAUAUGAGAGGUCAGACUGUGCAGCGGGACCAGCAACUAUAGGAGGAGGAGUCUCCUAGUCCAUAGCACUGUUUGUCAUCUUAUCUUUGAACGAAUAAUAAACAGGAAGAUUUGGCUGAGCAA